AUGGCAUCAAUUAUUCCUCCUCUAUCUUUUACACCUAAAAACCCUCAACAAAACCACGAUGUUUUCCUCAGUUUCAGAGGCGAGGACACUCGCUACACUUUCACUAGCCAUCUAUAUGCCGCGUUAACAAGACUUCAAAUCAAAACUUACAUGGACAACGAGCUUGAAAGAGGCGAUGAAAUAUCAACUUCACUUCUCAAGGCAAUCAAUCAUGCAAAAUUAUCAAUAAUCAUCUUCUCAAAAAACUAUGCUUCUUCUAGAUGGUGUUUGGAAGAGCUUGUGAAAAUAUUGGAAUGCAAGAAAAAUGAUGGUCAAAUUUUAGUGCCGAUUUUCUACCAUGUUAACCCAACACAUGUGAGGAAUCAAACGGGAAGCUAUGGAGUUGCUUUGGCAAAGCAUGAAAAACGUAGGGACAUGGAUAAUGUUCAAACAUGGCGGCUAGGUUUGACAGAAGCUGCCAAUUUCUCUGGCUGGGAUUGCUUGGGCACAAGGAAUGAGUCUGAACUAGUGGAACAAAUCGCAAAGGACAUAUUACAAAAGUUGGACUCAAUAACAAGCAGGGGAUUAGAAAGACGCAUCAACACAUACACGCAAAUCGCACAACAAAAACUAGAGAAAUCCCUCCAAACAGACAAUCUUGCGGACAUGGAAGAAUUGAUUACAACAUUGUACCAACUCGCAGAAUUAAAAUUGGAGAAAGCAUCAAGUUUAAAUGAUUCAAGUGUUUGGGGUGAUGUUAUGGCGACACAUGAACAUAUCUUGCAGCUUAAACAAGAAAAAUGGAUGCGUACACAUAGUGCAAAUGAUUUGGAGUCUGAACUAGUGGAACAAAUCGCAAUGGACAUGUUACAAAAGUUAGACUCAAUGACAAGCAGGGGAUUAGAAAGACGCAUCAACACAUACACGCAAAUCGCACAACAAAAACUCGAGAAAUCCCUCCGAACAGGCCUUGCGGACAUGGAAGAAUUGAUUACAACAUUGUACCAACUCGCAGAAUUAAAAUUGGAGAAAGCAUCAAGUUUAAAUGAUUCAAGUGUUUGGGGUGAUGUUAUGGCGACACAUGAACAUAUCUUGCAGCUUAAACAAGAAAAAUGGAUGCGUACACAUAGUGCAAAUGAUUUGGAGUAUGAACUAGUGGAACAAAUCGCAAUGGACAUGUUACAAAAGUUAGACUCAAUGACAAGCAGGGGAUUAGAAAGACGCAUCAACACAUACACGCAAAUCGCACAACAAAAACUCGAGAAAUCCCUCCGAACAGGCCUUGCGGACAUGGAAGAAUUGAUUACAACAUUGUACCAACUCGCAGAAUUAAAAUUGGAGAAAGCAUCAAGUUUAAAUGAUUCAAGUGUUUGGGGUGAUGUUAUGGCGACACAUGAACAUAUCUUGCAGCUUAAACAAGAAAAAUGGAUGCGUACACAUAGUGCAAAUGAUUUGGAGUCUGAACUAGUGGAACAAAUCGCAAUGGACAUGUUACAAAAGUUAGACUCAAUGACAAGCAGGGGAUUAGAAAGACGCAUCAACACAUACACGCAAAUCGCACAACAAAAACUCGAGAAAUCCCUCCGAACAGGCAAUCUUGCGGACAUGGAAGAAUUGAUUACAACAUUGUACCAACUCGCAGAAUUAAAAUUGGAGAAAGCAUCAAGUUUAAAUGAUUCAAGUGUUUGGGGUGAUGUUAUGGCGACACAUGAACAUAUCUUGCAGCUUAAACAAGACAAAUGGAUGCGUACACAUAGUGCAAAUGAUUUGGAGGAUUUAAAGGAUGCAAGGAAUCAUGUGUUGCAUAUUCAGAGGGAGCAGUUCAAUAGGAAGAUGCAGUUUCGUCUUAUUUUGUUAGAAAUCCACCAAAUAUCUAUGAUGAAUUUCUAUCAAUCUUGA